AUGGCCGCUUUGAAAGAUUUUUUGAAAGCUGAUGAUAUUCAGAAGGCCCUUGAUGCAGUCAAAGCGGAGGGUUCCUUCGACCAUAAGAAGUUCUUUGCUCUGGUGGGCCUGAAGGCCAUGAUCCUGACAAUGUUUGUGCUGAAGAGUUUCGCUGAGGACGGCAGAGACCUGACCGACGCCGAGACCAAAGCCUUCCUUAAUGCCGCCGACAAGGACGGAGAGGAAAGAUCGGCAUCGACGAGUUUGAAGUCUUGGUCCAUGAGGUGUAAAGAGCACCUCUAG